UCUCACGAAACACGGCAAAGAUUGUUGCAGAAUUUAUUAGACCAUGAUCAAAGGUGGAGGGUGGAUUAUCGGAAAGGUUUGGCCAAAAAGGUUGAGUCAGAUAUGAUCUCCAUGAUGGACCAAUUAAGUGAACUGAUAGAAAAGGAGGAGCCGUUAUUUAAGGGCAAAAUGCUGCAGUGUGGAAGCUCAUACAAUAGAACUAAGGUAUUUGUCUACUCUAUCCUUGGUAUGAACUUCUUGAUCAAGUAAUUUCAUGACUCGUGUCCGUAUUGCAACAUGUAUAUAGAAAGUGCUCGAAACGUUUUCCAAGUUAAUUGUGAUGCGCAUGCAGUGACUAAUUGAAAGUAUAAGCUGUCGCAAAAAUCCGUAACCAGCUUCAGUUUGUUUUCAAAUCUAACGUUGAACUUUGUACUUUUCUACCUAUAUGCUCCCAUUUAGCCUUCUCACUUCGCACAAAAGGGCGGAAAAAAGCCGAUUGGGAUCUUAGAGCAGUGAGGUAUUUUGUUUUUCUCACGAGAGAAAUGGGAAAAAGUAAAAAACGGCUCCGACAGGUCGUAUCGACAGUGGGUGACGGAAAUAGCUCCGACCGAAAACGAACUUUAUUAUGACAAGAAACGAUAACCUAACUUGGCCUAUUUAAGUUGGCCCAUACAUGGCCAAAAGCUGGUAUUCUGUCGGCCUGGGAUAGUUACACUAACGAUAUAUAAUCCUGACAGAGAUAGUUACACUGAGGCGAAUAUGACUGUCAAUUAAUUAUGGGCCGACCCCCAGUUAGAGUUUUGUAAACCUCUAUUUUUUAAAUAUGGUGCUCGUGCAUGCAAAUGCGAUGAAACGAUGCAAGCUUUGUUUUUGAAGAGCUUGAUCUUGAGUCACCCCAGUUGACUGUGAAAGAGUGUUUGCUUACCAGUUUGAAACAGUUACCCUUUUAAGCAUCCCACAGCGUUUAAGCGUGUAUAAAGGAAGUAUAACCGUGUGGCAGUGUAAUAAUUAAGGAACUUGAGUGAUGGCGCGUGUUGUUUGCUUCUAUAUAUCUUCCAGAAAAUUAACAAAAGCCCCAUUCUCCCUCGGAAAUCUUACAUAUAUGCAUUGAUCUUUGUGCGCGGGCCUGGUGUGCUCAGUACACCACGUAGACCAUCCAGUUCAGUCGUGCCGCUUGUAAAUACAGCAGCACAAAUCUCUUCAAAAUUGUUAUCACUUUUCAUCGCCUUGCCCUUUCUUGUCUACAGGUUGGACAACCUGAUGAAAUGGAUUUUGCCUUUCAGUGGAAUCUCUCGGAGAACAGGUCGAAAAAAAUAUUAGGCGUUAAGUUCUACCCGCAAGGG